GUUUGCUGCUUGCGACUUUCGGCUCCCACACGUGGGUGACUUUCGGUGUUCCGGCUCUGAAUUCAUUCCUUUUGCCGUGGACAAGCCACACUGAAGGACACAGUGGCAGCAGAGGCCACGGGCCGUGAGCUGAUGGAAAUUGCUGUUGAAAAUGAAGGGACGUCGGGAGGAGGUCUGCAGAGUGGAGCGGAGGGGGCGGGGCUAAGGCUCGAGUUUGGUAGGGAGAGAGUCGGGGGCACUGCCGGGAUGGAGGCCGGCAGUGUAGAGGCGGGGAACGGAUUGACAGGAAUGGAGAAGACAGAGGAUAGAGAAGGAGAUGAACACAGGGCAGAGGAAAUGCGAGUGGACCUAACUGUUGUGAAGCACGAAGUUGUGGACUGGUCAGAAAUGGAAGAAGGGAUGCUGGAUGGCCGCUGGGUAAAGCAGGAGGUAGAGGAUGGACCUACGGUGAAAGAGGAGAAACCAGGCCUUUUGGAGGUGAAGCAGGAGAUGGAUAGUAGUUUUGUGGUAAAAGAAGAGAAGGUGAACGAAACCGAGGUAAAGGAAGAGAAAGUGAAGGUGAAGGAAGAGGUAAUGGACUGGCUAGACGUGAAGGAAGAGAAGAAAGAUAACUUGGAGAUAAAAGAGGAGGUGUUUGUUGGUCAGAACAUAAAAAAGGAGGAAAUGAUGGAUGAAAUGUGUGUAAAAGAAGAGAAGUAUUUUCCAAAAGAAGAAGUGAUGGAUGAUGCAAAGAUGAAAGAAGAGACUCAGAUAAAUCCCCCAGUGGGCUUCAAGCGGAAACUGGCCAUGUCAAGGUGUGAAACUUGUGGUACAGAAGAAGCAAAGUACAAAUGUCCACGUUGUAUGCGAUAUUCCUGCAGUUUGCCCUGUGUAAAGAAACACAAAGCAGAACUGACAUGUAAUGGAGUUCGAGAUAAAACAGCAUAUGUUUCCAUACAGCAGUUUACCGAAAUGAAUCUCCUAAGUGACUAUCGAUUUUUGGAAGAUGUGGCAAGAACAGCAGACCACAUUUCUAGAGAAGCUUUCUUAAGAAGACCAACAAGCAAUAAACAUAUGUAUUUUAUGAAAAAUCGUGCCAGACGACAAGGUAUUAAUUUAAAGCUUCUCCCCAAUGGAUUCACGAAGAGGAAAGAAAAUUCAACAUUUUUUGAUAAGAAAAAACAACAGUUUUGUUGGCAUGUGAAGCUCCAGUUUCCUCAGAGUCAAGCUGUGUACAUAGAAAAAAGAGUACCAGAUGAUAAAACUAUUAAUGAAAUCCUAAAACCUUACAUUGAUCCUGAAAAAGCUGAUCCUGUAAUUCGUCAAAGGUUGAAAGCCUACAUUCGCUCUCAGACUGGGGUCCAAGUUUUAAUGAAGGUUGAAUAUAUGCAGCAAAAUUUAGUAAGAUACUAUGAACUGGAUCCUUAUAAAAGUCUUCGUGACAAUUUGAGGAACAAAGUGAUCAUUGAGUAUCCAACAUUACAUGUGGUAUUAAAAGAAUCCAGUAGUGACAUGGAAGUUCUUCACGAAGUGAAAAAUGAAUCUACCAAGAACAUUGGCAAUGAAAAUUGAGCACUUCUUCUGGAGGAAGAAGGCGAAAUUCCCAGACAAUUGCGGAGGACUGUGCAUUGACUAGCUGUUGGAUGACUGGGAUGUUAUCAGCGGGUGGUUGAAAUUUCUUGUUUCUCUAAGAGUAAACAAUCUAAACAUUUUUUUAUUUUGAAAAAGAUUUAUUUUCUAGCCUCUUAGAUUGACUUGUAAGGCCCUAUUCCUGAUAGCUCUUUUUCUGCAUCUGAUCAGCAUAGUGCUUAUGUUAGUUGGGCCCAGGGUUUUAAUAUAUUUAAUUCUAUAGGCUGAAAACUUUUUUUUGUUCAUUAGUUUGAUGCAAAACCGAACCCAAAGAUCACCUUUGUCCGCCACAAAAUUGUCACCCUUGUUAAUGGAACCUCACUAAACGUAGAGCCCUUGUGACACACCGCGUAGCCACCGAAGAACUGAUCCAUCAGUUGCCCAGCCCAUUCUUGUCUUUGGGAUUUAUUUGUAACUUAUCCUCUUGAGAUGACUGAGUGGAUCUUCUGCUUGGUUAGCAUUCAGUACAGUGUCACCUGUAAAGGAUGAAUAAAUACUAUUCACUGAAGGAUGAAUAAAUACUAUUCACUGCUAUUUCUUAUAAUUCAGUUCAGAAAAUCAGUGGCUCCUCAUUGUUUGAACCAUCAGUGCUCACGAAUUUGGCUGUCCUUGUUUGCACAGUGAGCUGUGUCUUAUUAUGAAUUCCGUGCCUUCAUCCUGUUCCCAUUCUACUCUCCUCAUUACCACACAGGGGUGUUGUGAAGAGCAGUUUUAUGCUGUUUUGAAACAUCUAGCAAUAACUAAAGAAGAAAGAAAAGCAUUGGAACUCUUCAAAGUGUUAUUGGAAUGUAUGUGUGCAUUUAUGUAUAUACAUGGCUUAAUUUAUACCUUAUGGCAGCUCUGUAUACAUUAUGAUCUCACAUAUUGAAAUUAAAGUUUCCUAGUUUUAUUGGAA